AUGAAACUCCUUCUGCUGGUCACUCUGCUCACAGCAGGCGCAACUGCGCACACCAUCACAACUCGGGCUCUAUGGCAGUUCCGAAAGAUGAUCAAGUGCACCAUUCCAGGGAGUGAUCCCCUGAAGGAUUACAACAACUAUGGCUGCUACUGUGGCUUGGGUGGUUCAGGCACCCCAGUGGACGAAUUAGACAGGUGCUGCCAGACUCACGACCACUGCUACACUCAGGCCAAGAAGCUGGAUAGCUGUAAAUUCCUCAUAGACAACCCCUACACUAACUCCUACUCCUACUCCUGCUCUGGGAAUAAGAUCACCUGCAGCGACAAAAACAACGCCUGUGAGGCCUUCAUCUGCAACUGUGACAGGGAAGCCGCCAUCUGCUUCUCCAAGGCUCCGUAUAACAAGGAGAACAAAAACAUUAAGUGUUAG